AUGCUGUUUCCUGAGUAUGUUGACUCGACUGAACCUUCCGACACAGUCUUUUUUGAUGAGCUCAAUUUCGAUAGGACAGAGUUGGCAAGUAUUUUCGUUGAUUUGGUUUCCCGGUUGAAUCGAGACCAGCGCGUUGCGUUCGACACAAUAGCAAAUGCAGUUAGUCGUGGCGCUGGUGGUUUUUUCUUUGUCUGUGGAUACAGUGGAACUGAUAAGACUUUUCUAUGGAAUGCAUUGUCUGCUUCAAUAAGGUCGAAGGGUGAUAUUGUUCUCAACGUGGCAUCCAGUGGCAUUGUAGCUCUAUGGUUGCCUAAUGGGCCAACUGCUCAUUCACGCUUUAAGGUUCCACUCAGUGUUAACCAGGACUCAAUUUGUAAUAUAAGGCAAGGCACACUCCUCGCGCGUCUUAUUUCAUCUGCAAAAUUAAUUAUAUGGGAUGAGGAACCUAUGUUAAAUAAAUUUUGCUUCGAAGUGCUCGACAAGUGCCUUAAGAAUGUUCUUCGUUUGAUCGUGGAUAUAAUCCUGAUGCUCCAUUUGGUGGAAAAAUUGUUGUUCUGA